AUGCCAGCUUCCUGUUCCUUGCCAUUUGUACGUGAUGUGUACUGCAUUCCACGAUAUUCAAUUACUACUGAAGACACCGGUGACUACUGCGAGGGAUGGAAUGCUACAAAACCAUGUGACGAAAACGAAGGGUUACGGUUAACAAGUGCAGCCUGGACGUUCAUACCAGCUUGGAAAAUCUGGGGUAUUCCUAUAGCAGGCAGUUUCAAUCUGUAUGGUGGAGGUGGAUAUACAGUGGAACUGGACAUCAGUCGCCCAGUCGCUAAAAAAUCAAUAGAUGAACUCAUAAAAAACAUGUGGAUUGACCGUCAGACGAGAGCUGUGUUUUUAGAGUUCACUGUGUAUUCUACAAACCUGAACAUGUUCGCUUACUGCAGUUUACUUUCCGAGUUUCCCGAAACUGGGGCUGUCCUUCACUAUACCAACAUAUUCACAUUCAGAAGUCUGCAGCUUACUGGAACUCUGGGUACCUUCAUUCUCGCUUGUGAAAUCAUCUUCCUGAUAGCCACAGUUGUAUGGGUCGUCGUUAUGGGAGUCCGCCUGCUCAAGCAAAGAUUGACCUUCUUCAAGCAGUUCUGGAACAUCAUUGAACUCGCCACUGUCGCUUUGUCAUUUGCUGCAAUCGUCUUGUACAUCAUCAGGCUUAUGUUUACCAAUGAAGCCUUAGCUAGACUGAGACAGAACAGACGCAUUUUCAUCAACUUCUACCACAUUUCAGUGUGGGAUGGCUUCUUUAUCUACGUUGUUGCCUUUCUCCUAGCCCUUGUAACUCUACGACUUGUCAAGGUUCUGGGCCUCACUAAAGUCACCCGUACCGUCUUUACUGUAUUGAAGCAAAGCUCUAAGACUCUUCCUGGUUUCUUUUUCUACAUUUUUCUCGUCCUGCUGGCAUUCGCUGCAUGUGGCACCCUGUUCUUCGGCGCCUUCGCAGAGGAAUACAAAGACCUCAUCACAUGUUUGGAGAGUCUCUUCUCUGGCGUACUGGGUCAUACUGGAUUCACCAAGAUGAACAUCCCAGCAGAGAUCAACUGGUUUGGUUUCAUAUACUUCACCACCUUCAUCAUCAUCGUGACCUUCACCCUGGCAAACGUCUUCAUGUCGAUACUGCUGGACACGAUGGACAUGCUUGCUCGAGAUCGUAGCGCGGAACGGGAUCUUGAACUGACGACAUACCUGUGGCAGUCUGCUAAGGAAUUCGUGACUGGAAAGAAAGCAGACGGGCUUUUGAAGUCAACAUCAGAUACUUGGAACAAUUCCAACGCGGCCAUAUCAGUUUUCCGCCAUCUACAGACUGCUAAAGCCAGCAUAGAGGAGACUAGAUCAGCUACGUCGAAUUCAAGUUAUAUGAUCGAGUAAAACUGAACCGAUAUGUACAAUUAACUGCUUUCUGCUGGUGUCGUCUUUGGGAAAUUUGAUGAAUACGGUUUUGAAUACAUGUUUACUGUUAUAUUCAGUCUGCGCUUACGUUUUCUUAGAAAACUGGCAGUUAAACAUAUAUGUAAUAUAAAGAUGUCAAAUGCAAUAGUUAUUCUUCAGGCUUCUGCCCAUUGCUAUUGAUAUUCAUCGAACACAACUUCUAUUUUAAACUUCCAACAAGCACCGUCGCUGCAAAUUACUUUGAUGACCAUCACUUAUAAUAUAAUAUUGGUGUAAUAAAGCUUUGAAUAUCAUACCCUUCUGCAACAAAUGGUGUUAAAUAUUUGUUAUUCAUAAAUUUAAGGGCCGAAUCCUGAGUGUUUAUAUAACAAAAUUAAAUACACAUUGUUAGAAAUGCAUUAAGGUUUCAGAAAAAAAAUCAAAUCAGAUAUAUCUGUAUUUAUUUUCUGAAAUACGACCCCUAAGUGUUUGGCUAGGUAGGAAACCAAUUUAAGUUCAGUAAAGUGUAACGUCCGUGUAGUCGACUAUUAAUCCAUUCGUGGUUGGAUAGUGCAAAUGGUUGAUCUCAAACCUUUUUGUUUAACAAUAUGUAUUGAUAUACUGAACGCUUGGGAUUGAUCAACAUGCAUUAUAUAUAUUCAGAUCUAUCCCUGUUAUUACAAAUAUUACGUACUUGGUAGACUAAACAAUAAUAUGUGUGAGACAAACAGACAGACCAACAUACUAAAUAAAUGAAUUAAUUGUCAGAAGUUAAAGUGAUCUCUUGCAAGUAUAAAUGUGUGUACAUGGUGUACAUAUCAAUAUUUUAAAAAUUCGGAUGUCCAUAUACAUGUAGGGGUUUCCCAACAGCAACAUGGGUUUCCCAACAGCAACAUGUGUUUUCCACGUGAUUAAGUGACGUUGGAAGAUACGGUACCCUAGACCAGUAAAGAGCAUGUAUAUGAAUAUUGCUAAUGUUAUAUAAUAAUUGCCUAAUUACAAUAAUCAUUUUACUACAUAUAAAUACAAACAUACAUACAUAUAUACGUACAUACAUACGUAUGUACAUACAUAUCUACGUGGACAUACAUAUAUUAGUUUUGUAGGAAGCCAACUUGUUUCUUUUAUUGUGAAAUUAGUAAAUGUUUGUUUAUUUACGAGCAAAAUACAAUUAUCUGUGAUCGAGAGGUAAAAUAGACCAUCCGCUUUUGUGAUAUUAAAAUAUAUUUUUAUAUUCAAUGUUUUAUAAAUGUUGCUAUUUAUUUUCUUCUUUUUAUUUGUUUUUAUAUUUGUGUACAUGUUCAUCCUAUUGUCAUCUGGCACUACAGACUUGGUGGACGUGACCAUACUUAGUUAAAUCAUAUACCAAGCGUUUUUGUAAUGUGUAAUGGGUUGUAUUUUUUAAAGUUUCCUUGUGCUGUUUUGUUUGCUAAUACAGUGGGACCUCGUCGCAACAGCCAUGUUCGUCCUGGAUCACAUUGCCUUCAUAUCGAAUUUGUCGUUGUAACAAAUUUGUAAUGAAAUUAUAUUCCUUGGUAUUAUGGCAUGAAGAUAAAUACUCCCUAUCGUCCAACAUUUACCAUAGUUUGACACCCAGUAGCUGUAGCAUGGUUUCGUAAGUACAUUGGAUGAUUCCUAUCACUGUUGACUUUUGCAUGAGAAAGUAAACAAACGUAUGUUACAUUCACAGCAACAAAUCUGCAAAACAAUUAGUUUCAAACAAACCAUCAGGAUUGAACACAACCAGCUUAUAAAAAUGGUGUAUUAUUUAAUACUUUUUUUUUUUUUUUUUUUUUUCUUAAUACCUAUGUCUAUGAUUUUCAAAGACACUAAUUUGAAAGUAAUCUUCAUUUUGUUUUGCCUUCAACUGUACUGUUAUAUUUGUAUUCCAGCAAUGUCAUUGUUUGUCGAUAAUACAAUGUUGCAAUUUGCCUUAGAAUAUAUAAACACAUUUUUAUAAAUUAAUAUAAAACAAAACAUUGACGUUUUCAACGCUCGUGUGGUAAUAUUCGCCAACGCAGCAAAAGGUUUAGUGUUCAUUUGAAGCACAGAAUUUGUAAAUAAAAUUUAAAGUUAGCUAUUUGCAGAAGAAUUGUUUGUUUAUAAACAUUGAUAUACUUUAGAACCGAAUACUUAUUCCGACUGAAACUGGUCUUCCUACGGUAAUAGUUAUUGUAAUACAGCCAUUGUAAUAGAAGACUAAAUAGCAUUUAAACAAUUAAUGCAUUGCAGUUAUUGCCAAACCCUGCUAACAAUGGUUGUCCAAUUUAACCCGUUAUGUAGUGUCGUUGUAAAGAAGUAUGUUCUGACUUGUUCCGAAUUUGUUCGGUCAUUGUCGGAAGGUGUGAAUUCCAAUUUAAUGAAUAGAAUAACACUGAUGCGCGUUUGUUCCCCACAUGUAUUGGUCAACUAAUGUGACUAUGGUAGUAAUGACGGGCGUUGUUAGUUCCCCACAUGUAUUGGUCAACUAAUGUGACUAUCGUAGUAAUGACGGGCGUUGUUAGUUCCCCACAUGUAUUGGUCAACUAAUGUGACUAUCGUAGUAAUGACGGGCGUUGUUAGUUCCCCACAUUUAUUGGUCAACUAAUGUGACUAUGGUAGUAAUGACGGGCGUUGUUAGUUCCCCACAUGUAUUGGUCAACUAAUGUGACUAUCGUAGUAAUGACGGGCGUUGUUAGUUCCCCACAUGUAUUGGUCAACUAAUGUGAAUAUGGUAGUAAUGACGGGCGUUGUUCCCCACAUGUAUUGGUCAACUAAUGUGAAUAUGGUAGUAAUGACGGGCGUUGGUUAGAGGUCUCCUUGUAUAUGCUUAUCAUUUUUAAACUGACAUUGUUUUUACGCAAAGACAACGAUCCAAUAAGGGUGAACUAUAAUGUAGUCUUUAAGGUAUAUUAACGCAGGGUGUUGUUGUUGUUGUUCAGUAUUUAUUACUGUUUAUUGUUGUAAAUUUUUGGAGAUAACAAACCUGAAUCUGAAAUCUGACUAAAUCUUAAUAUUUUGUAAUAAGGUCUGUAUUUUUAUGUUCAUUUUCAAUAAUAAGUAAUUUCCAUACUUGGGGUUUAGACUAAAGCAAAAUUAAAAGAAUAUAUCAGAAUGCAGUGUUAAGGUAGUUUUAUUUUAUUUUAAAUAUGCGUUUACUAUGAUUUUUUUUUUUUUUUAAAUUUCCAAUUUCUGGUUCCAUACAGUGCAGACUUUAGACCCAGAAAAUGGACCGGUAUGUUGUAAAACAGAAUACCUUUGAGAAAAGAAAACCAAAAAUAUUUGGGAAUGCAUUUUUAUUCAGAUCAAUAUAGCAACACUGUGUACUUUGUGUUUGUUGUAUUGUGAGUACGUUUUAAUUACAUAAACACAGGGUGCAAUAAAUACCUGAACAAUAGAAUUUAAAUUUUAAAUUUUUCUAAAAAUGUAUUUAUUUAUUUAUUUAUUUAUUUAUAAGCACUGUUGACAUGAAAUUCACAUUAGAAACUCAAACUAGAUUGUGCCUUCAGUAACUUCGUACAUGUAAAAACUAAUUAUGUUUAAGCCACUAUAAACGUUAGGAAUUCCAGAAACAUGGAGGACAAACAUUAAUAUUCUAAGCAAGAAAAUGUAAUUAAUAUCCAGUUUUAUUCAUUAAACGCAUUGUUAGCAUGGGGCAUGUUUACAUAUCUGUAAAGUCAGGAAUGUCCCUUUAAGAGUCAUGACUGUCAUUUCUUAAUACAGCAUGAUGAACAAAGCACUUUAAAAUGUAUAUCUAGUUGUGGUAUAACGUGUUUAUUCAAAUUAAACUGGUAAAAUGUAUGAAAUUUUAUUUCUACCUAACACAAAAAUAUAACUUCCAUUCGAAACCAAAACUAACGUGCAUAAAGAAGACAAAUGGUUAAUCAGAGAAGUAAGUUAGUUAAUAUAGAUUUCAAAUUGUUUUUUGGUUAAUCAAUGUUCCCUUAUUAUACUUUUGAUAAAGUGUUGCAUUGAUUCUGUUAAGUUGGCAUCUCUGAUUUCUAUCACUGUCUGACACUAAAACUAUUUAGACUUCACUAAGUCAAAAUGGGUUAAUUAAGGAUUUUGUUAUGCCUGGCAUUAAUGCGGCUGCCCUGCCUUCUACAAAAUUAUAUUAUUUUACUUCCUAAUGUGAAUGACUUAAAAGGAAUACAAGGGCAACAUUUUUUAAAUUCCAUCCAACACCAAAACGAAUAUUUUGAAAUACGCACUCUAGUUGAUUUCUUCAUUGUGUAUUGUUAAUAUCGUUAAUAUUGUUAAUUGUGUAUUAUUGUAUUUUUAUGUGAAACACAUUUUAGUCCUUAAUAAAUGUAUUUUGAAAAG